AUGGGUUCUGGGGUUGGGGGUGUACGUCCUGGUGGGAGAUAUGAGAAUGCUUUCAAUGAUAAAUUGGAGAAAACGAUGGUGCGCCAAGAAGUGGUACAACCCCCAACUGACAUGAAAGUUGGACCAAGGAGCACCACAGCUUUCCUGUCAGAUGGACGCAUACAUCCUGUGAGGACAAGAGGCUUUUCUGCACAUGGGUCCACCACCAAAGCAACUCAGACAGAAGGUACGCAUACCUUAGUGCUGGACAAAGUGAUUCACAAUUAUGGAGGUGGACUGGAUCUGGCUUCAGGAGUCUACACUGUAUCAGUACCUGGAUUCUAUGCAUUGACUCUGUCUGCGCAUCUGGAAUCAGCCUCCAAUGUCGCCAAUGGAUCCUCUGUAUCUGUAUUCAAGAAUGACUUGGACUUAGUUACCAGGGGCUAUUUUGGUGGGCAAACCACAGGAUCCCUGUCUAUCUUUGGAGAACUCUUCCUUAACAUUGGAGACCGCUUGGAAGCCAGGAUCAAAUCCAAUGGCGCACACAUGUCCAAGUUCUUCUUUUCUUCUAGACUCAUGGUGGCCACUAAUGUUCCUCUGCCAUUGUCACAAAUCCUGGUGUUGCUGCUGAUGGUCCUGAAGCGUGUUUAUGUUGAGACCGGCGUUUCGCAUUUCAAGAAGCCCCAGAAGAACCGUGUGCGCGGCGCCUCUUCCCGUUUCCCACGCUCCGGGGCCGCCCCUCCGCCUUCCAGGUGCGCGCAUACUCGUAAAUUGUGA